ACCCCCGCCUCCAACCAUCUGGGGAAAGGAAGCAUAAAAGAGAUUGCAACAGGCAGUGUACUUCCUUCUUUCUCACUCUUGGGACAUGCCUGACUAGCAGAAAGAAGCCCUGUGACAAGAGAACCACGGAGGAGGAAAGCUCUGCCACAGUCUAAUCGUAACACAAAGGAUUCUUCUUUGGCCAUUAUGGGUUCCGUGAAUUCCAGAGGUCACAGGACAAAAAUUCAGGUGGUGAUGAUGGGCUUGGACUCAGCAGGCAAGACCACACUUCUGUACAGACUAAAGGGCUACCAGCUGGUGAAGACGGUACCCACUAUUGGUUUCAAUGUGGAGCCUCUAGAAGCUCUUGGAUGCACACCACUGACUCUUUGGGAUAUUGGGGGCCAGGCCCCACUCAGGGCCAGCUGGAAGGACUAUCUGGAAGGCAUAGACAUCCUUGUGUAUGUCCUGGACAGCACAGAUGAAGCCCGGUUGCCUGAAGCAAUGGAUGAGCUCCUGAAAAUCCUCAACAAUCCGAACGUGGCUGAUGUCCCUUUUCUGGUGCUGGCCAACAAGCAAGAUGCACCCAACGCACUUCCACUACUUGAGAUUAAGAACCAGCUGGGACUGGAGAGAUUCCAGGAUCAUUGCUGGGAGCUCCUGGCCUGCAGCGCCCUUACUGGUGAGGGGCUGCCUGAGGCCCUGCAGAGCCUGCGGAGCCUGCAGAAAAUCCACAACCACAGCUGUCUCCACGUCAGAGCCCACAGGGCGGGGAGAGCAAAAAAUUUUGACCAGGCCAGAGCAGCUUAUCUCCGCCCAUAUGAACCAAAAGGACCAGCUAAUCCUUGAGAAAAUCCAGGUUAACAUACGAAAACAUCUAUUAUCGAACAGGAUGUUUUCUUCUUGGGACUUAUUCUUAGUGGGGUUUAUGUUGAAAAUCAAAUAGUCUUUCAACAGUGAUAUUCUAAGGAAAAUAAAAGCAAUAGUUCAUUAUCCGGUGUGAGUGAAGCAAUAAGAGGUUACGUAUGUGAUAAAUUGAAGCCUAAGUUCAAAAAGGCAAAGAGGUUUCAAAACCAGGUUUCAGUAUCCUCUGCACAUGGUCACAGUCACGAUGAAUGAUUUUUCCCUGAUGGCUUCUGGGAAUGUGCCAGGGCUGGUGUCAUCAGGGAUGGCAGCAGGGAGUGUAGAUCUGCUCCCUCAGAGUCUGCAGUGGAGGGGUUUGCUGGGGUUCUGACCCUGGUGGAGGAGGCUGGGAGUUAAGGCCUUUGCAAAUUCACCCUUCUCUCUAG